CCCGGGACUGCUGACCUCGGCUGCAGGGAGGGCCCCCUCCACGCCCCCUUGCCAGCUUCAGCAGACAGAGACCCUGGGUGAACCCCUGGGCCAGACCUCCAGCCCAGGGCAGCUUCCCACACGCCCUUGCCCACGCCUGCCUCCCCCCCCUCCGCCCCUUCCUCCUCCUCCCAGGACUAGACCAGAGAAGCCACUGUGGCCACUGGGGGGGACCCUGCCCCCCCAACUGGCACCGCCGCCCCUAGCAGUCCACGGGGCGGCCGGGGUCCCCACCGGGCCUGGCAGGACCGGGAUGCUGGCCCCUCUCUUCCUCCCCGGCCCCACCCAACACCCCCACCUGCAAGAACGUCCAGUUUGACUGGAGACAGCCGGAUGCCAGCUGACCCUGGGCCCGAGGUGGGCAGUGGCUGGCCGGGCCUCCUCAUGUCCUGCCUGAAGGGCCCCCAUGUCAUCCUCAAGAUGGAGGCCAUGAAGAUUGUCCACCCUGAAAAGUUCCCUGAGCUCCAGGCAGCUGCCCCCUGCUUCCCACCUGCACCCCGGCCCACCCCCACUCUGGCACCCAAGCGUGCCUGGCCAUCAGAUACAGAAAUCAUUGUCAACCAGGCAUGUGGGGGGGACAUGCCAACCUCGGAAGGGACGCCCCACACCCCACCCUUGCCACGGCGGCCACGCAAGGGCAGCUCGGAACUGGGCUUCCCCCGGGUGGUGCCGGCAGACGAGGUCAUUGUGAAUCAGUAUGUGAUUCGGCCUGGCCCGGCAGCCUCUGCACCUUCUUCGUCAGGGGUGGUGGUGGCAGGUGAGCCCCUGGAGUGUCCCACUUGCGGGCACACAUACAACGUCACCCAGCGGCGACCCCGUGUGCUGUCUUGCCUGCAUUCCGUGUGUGAGCAGUGCCUGCAGAUUCUCUACGAGUCUUGCCCCAAGUACAAGUUCAUCUCCUGUCCCACCUGCCGCCGUGAGACUGUACUCUUCACUGACUAUGGCCUGGCUGCACUGGCUGUCAACACAUCCAUCUUGAGCCGUCUGCCACCUGAGGCGCUGACUGCCCCAUCCGGUGGCCAGUGGGGGGGUGAACCUGAGGGCAGCUGCUACCAGACCUUCCGGCAGUACUGUGGGGCCGCAUGCACCUGCCAUGUGCGGAACCCACUGUCUGCCUGUUCCAUCAUGUAGUGUCCACCUGCCCACUGCUGCCUGCUGGUCCUCGCUCGCUGCUUCUUCAGGGACCCAGCCCUGCCCUGUUGCCCACUGACCCUUCCUCGCCCACUGUGGCUUCUGGCUCUACCCCACGUGGCACUGUCGCUGCAACCAACUCUGCCAUUAAAACUCUUUGCCAAAGUUUUCACCUGU